AUGUCGUUGGAAUUCAACCCGGCGAAGAGAAGGCGACUGGGGGAGCCAGAUUCGUCGCCACCUUCAUCUAACGUCCUGAACGACUUUGAGUACCAUGAGGAGAUAAUUUUCACGGCGCCAGAGUUCGAAUAUCCCACGAAUGUCAUUCUUGACUCUCCAGACGUAACGAUUCCUACCAAGUCGGAUAGCGCUGCUGAACUCGUGUGUUUUGGGACGUUGACAUCCUUCACUUGCUCCACCGCCCUUGAGAACAACCAGAAGCACCUUUGUCCACUCAAAACUCAAUUGAGACUUGGGAGCAGCGGCACCCUUCUUUCUGAGAAUACCGAGCUAGUAUGCGGUGUGCUGGGCACACAAGAAACUGAGCUGUUAGCACUAUUCACUAAAGAGAGUAUCGAUUUUGAGCUUCUGUGGAUGCCAGAGCAAUCACCGAAUGCCGGCGCUAUCGGAAAUACUGUAGCAAUUUGGGUCACAUUAUACGGACCCUGUUAUAUGUCCUCGGGCCUUCGCGAAACCCUGCAAGAACUUGAGCUUUACCUGCAAGACCCAAUUUAUGCCCUAAGGGAUACCCCUUACUUCAAUCCUCAACGGUUUUUCAAAGACCCAGAUGCUCGAACUACGUGUUUUACAGCCGGCGAUACACAACUUGAGUUACAUGCAGAGUUUAGCGAUGAGAAGGUCGUUGUUACAGACGUGCUAGAUAGCCUCACUGUUGAGUCUAUCCUGCAUGAAACACCAGGUUCUAAAUGUCUCAAAACUGAACUAAAAGGGCAUCAAAGGCAAGCACUCACGUUCAUGCUUCGGCGCGAGAUGGGCUGGAGAUUACACAAGCAAGGCGAAGACGUUUGGUCUCAGUAUACGGAUGAUUUUGGGCAUACCGCUUACAUUAAUAAUAUUGACUCGUCUAUCCACUAUGAGAGCCCCCAAAAUUCAAAAGGCGGGAUUCUAGCUGAUACAAUGGGUCUGGGAAAGACUCUCAGCAUGAUCUCGCUCAUAGCCCAUGACAGGAUACUGGCGAAAGACCAACGAACAGGAUCAUCAGAUGGCAACGUAUUGGGGAGAGGCACGCUUAUAGUGCUUCCACCCUCUUUGGUUCAAAAUUGGGAAAAUGAGCUUUCACUCCACCUGACCGAGAACGACUUUAGCUGGUAUCGACAUCAUCGACUGUGUAAAAUCAACCAGUUCGACGAUAUCGGUUUCUACGAUAUUGUGCUCACAACCUACUCUACAUUGGCUACAGAAAGACGGUGUCAGGGACAGAGAAGUAUAGUUCUCUCUCACUAUUGGCAUCGCAUAAUUCUAGACGAAGGCAAGUACCAAACACAUGAGAUAAAAGACCUAUCAACCGCCAAAGCUCAAGCUGUGUGCAGUUUGCAAGCCGAUUCUAGAUGGGUCGUCACCGGAACGCCAAUUCAGAAUAAACUUUCCGACGUCUUCAGCUUAAUCCACUUCCUUCGCCUGGAUCCCUACUGCAACAAGCCAGAUUUUGUCCAAUGUAUUACAAACCCGUGGCGACGUGGAGAAGACAGAGGACUCCAAUGUUUGGCAAAGCUUCUAAAAUGCAUUAUGCUAAGGAGACCAAAGAGCACCCUGACAUUGCCUGCUCGAGAAGAUCAUCGACGGUUCCUCAGUUUCAACCAACACGAACAGGUUGCGUACGACAGUUUAAAGCUAAAAGCAAUUAAAUGUCUCCAAGACAGUCUUGACUCAAACCCUCAGGAAGGUUACCGAAAUGCCCUGGAGAAGAUAAGCGCUCUCAGGGAUAUUUGCGAAUUGGGGUGCUUGCCAAAGCCUGAAGUGAAACCAGUUCGCGACUUGAUGUCUUACUCAGGCUCAAAGUGUGCAUCUCCAACGACGAGCACAACAACAGAUGACAACGAGGAUUUUACAGCCAGAAGAACUAUAAGCGGGCAUGAUCUGGAAGAACAGGAUUAUCUUUACACGGAGCUUUUUUCACACACCACGACCUCAGACCUUGAUUAUUCGGACCUUUUGGACAUUGCACAUCGCUCGCCUUUGACCUCGAUUCAAUGGCCUACCAAGACGCGAGCACUAAUUGAAGAUAUAAACAGUUGCCCCAGUGGUACAAAGAGCGUUGUUUUCUCGUAUCGCACGUCAACUCUUGAGGUUGCACAUAGGGCGCUCAAAGCCGUUGGUGUCAACUGUGUUCAGAUUGACGGUAGUCUAAUUGCUAGGAAGAGAAACCUUAUCAUCGACAAUUUCUCAACCAAGAAUGAGGUGCAGGUUCUCCUUCUAUCUUUAGCAUCAAGGGCCUAUCUUUUAGAGCCACAAUGGAAUCCAGCAAUUGAGGAACAAGCUCUUGCCAGGAUUCAUAGACUUGGGCAAACGCGAGCGGUCACAACUAUACGCUUUAUCAUCCGUGACUCGAUCGAGCAGUAUGUUUUAGAUAUACAAGAGAAGAAGCAAGACUUGAUAAGUAUGCUUAACUGGAAACAAGGGGAUAGCAUUACUACUAAGAUACUGCAUCUACAACAGCUCUUGCGUUGA